CCAACAAGUAGAUUGCACAUUUUUAUGAUAUAAUUAAUGAAAUAAUUAAAACAAGACAUAUCUAACAGUACAUUAAAAAUUUGCUACAUAUUGAAGGCCAAUCUUAACAUUUGCAGCACUGAAUAAGAUAAGAAAAUUAAAGUUUAACACAUACUGCCACCUAGUGGUGAAAUAAAUAAAAUAUUAAUUUAAAGAUUAUUAACUUAACUGUAUUACUUGACGAGAUGGGAUAUGCAAAUACGUGCACAUUUUAAAAAACUAACGUUUGAAAUUGUAUGUUUGACAAUUAAUUUAACACUGACUGUUUUAUUUUGAAAAGCAGAACCAAAACCGGAAGUGUUUCCGGUUUGCCACUAAGCAAUAACAAAAGCAAAAAAGCGGUACGAUUUCUUCAUAUUUUCUCACAAGUAGAUUGGUUCAGUUUUGUUUACAAACCAACGAAACUCUUACCGCAAUAAUAAAAAAAUAUAUAUCCUUACGGACAAACUGUUUGUUUACGGACUUGUGAGAGCAACAUUUGCUGUCCGUUCAGCCGAGAUGGCUGCUAACCCACCCGGGCAAGGCUUUCAGGGCAGGGUGGCCAUCCUGGCGGAGCUGGACAAGGAGAAGAGGCGGCUGCUGCAGAGCCAGUCCAUGAACAGCCCCGGAGCCAACAUCCCGCUGUCAUCCAGAGGCAGCCUGAAGGAAGUGCGGGACAGCGCGGAGCAGCAGCACAUCGCCGCCCAGCAGAAGGCCGCCCUGCAGCACGCGCACGUCCACUCGUCCGGCUUCUUCAUCACCCAGGACUCCUCGUUUGGGAACCUCAUCCUCCCGGUGCUGCCCCGGCUGGAGCCGGACCUUUGACCCAGUCCUGUCUCAAACACUGACCCUGGCUGCUGACUGUCUGAGCGGGUCUCAUGCUUUGAACCGAACUCACAAAACUGAAUUUAUUCUUGUUUCGUUUUUACUUCUUAUAAACUGUUGAUGACUAAACCUAAUGAGAGCAGCUCCACCAACCUGAUACUGGUCCCACAGGUCAACUAGGACGAAUAAUGCAUGAUAGAGUUAUAGGCACUUUUUACCAAUAACUUGUAAUUUAUAUUAAAUGUGAGAGUAAAACAGAAAA